UUGUCGCUCGCGAGUCGCGAGAGAGCGAGCGAUGCGAGCGAGAGCCAAGAAAUUGGUGCUAGCUAGAGAGUUCCUCUUCUCGAUCCUGGAGAGGGAAGACAAGGAAAGCGGUGAUAGGUUGAUUGAUUGAUUUUGAUCGGGUGGUCGUUCUUGCGGCGAUGGAGGAGAUGGAUUCGGCGAUCUGGGCGCUUUGACCCGGCGGGAAUGGCGAGAAUGGAUGAGGAGGACGGACCACCAGCAGCGAAUAGGUGUCUGAUACAGUGGGUGGCACCGACGAGCGAGCGCAAGAACAGGGGGGGGAGGGGAUAAAGGAGAGACGGAAGAACAAGCAAAAGAACAAGCGCGCUGUGGCUUGUGCUGGUGGUCGGGGGUUCCAAGGGAUCCCACGCGGCCAUAGCUGUGCUUAGCUAGAUCGCGGCCGGGGAGAGACACAGAUGCUGGUGGAUUCAAACGCAACUUGGAAGAGCGAGAGAGCGAGAGGGAUUUGGUCUUGAUGGGUCCUGCCAGGAGACAAGAACAGCUGGAGAUAGGGACUUGGGUCGCUCUAGAAUCCUCCCAAUCGCCAGGAGCAGCCCUCCACUCGCGAACCCACGCGCCAAAUCCCGCCGAUUGAUCCACCGCUCCCCUGUUUCUCCACCCCCACUCUUCAAGCUAGAUCGCUUCCAAUCGCCGGGCUUUGAUGAGAGGCUUCGCCCGAGACAUGGUGUACGAGUUCCCGGACGACAUCCUCGAGCACGUCCUCGUCUUCCUCUCCUCCCACCGCGAUCGCAACUCGGUGUCGCUCGUCUGCAAGUCGUGGUACAAGGCCGAGGCCGCCAGCCGCGCCAACCUCUUCAUCGGCAACUGCUACUCGGUCUCGCCGGAGCUCGUCGCGCGACGCUUCCCCAAGGUGCGCUCCCUCACGCUCAAGGGCAAGCCGCGCUUCGCGGAUUUCAAUCUCUUGCCCCCGCAUUGGGGAGCCUACCUCCUGCCAUGGAUCGUCACCUUCGCGCACGCGUCACUCCCGCUUGAGGAGCUCCGCCUCAAGCGGAUGUGCGUGAGCGACGAGGCGCUCGAUCUCCUCGCCACCUCCUUCCCAGGCUUCCGCGUCAUCGUGCUCAACAAUUGCGACGGCUUCAGCACCAAGGGCCUCGCCUCCAUCGCCAGGAACUGCCGGAACUUGCAGGAGCUCAACCUCCAGGAGAGCCUGGUGGAGGAUCACAGCAGCGUGGACUGGAUCAGCGCCUUCCCGGACAGCACAACCUCGCUCCUCGCGCUCCACUUCUCCUGCCUGGACGCGGCGGUGGACUUCGACGCCCUGGACGCGCUGGUCGCCCGCAACCCGCAGCUCCGGAGCCUGGGCCUCAACAAAAAGGUGGCGCUGUGGCAAUUGCAGAAGCUGCUCCACCGCUGCGGGCCGCAGCUCACGGAUCUGGGCACGGGCUCGAUGAGCGGCAUCGGGAACCUUAACGGCGGCGGAGCAGUUGGCGUAGGCGGGCUUCCGCUUCCGCUUCCGCAGCAGCUUCAGGCGCAGAUGCAGGUGCAGGUGCAGGUGCAGCCGCCGCAGCCGGCUCCGGAGCAGCAGGAGAUGAUUCAGUGGGAGCGGAUUCAGGACCUGGGUGCGUGCCUCUCGAGUUGCACCAAGCUGCAGAGCUUGUCCGGGAUCUGGGAGGCGGAGCCGCCGUGUCUCAUCGCGCUCUACCCGGUUUGCCUCAACCUCCUCUCGCUCAACCUCAGCUACGCCAACCUCCGCAACGCGGAUCUCCUCCAGCUGCUCAGCCACUGCCACAAGCUCCAGAGGUUGUGGCUCCAGGACAAUGUCGAGGACGCGGGGCUGCGCAUCGUGGCCAACACCUGCAAGGAUCUUCGCGAGCUGCGGGUGUUCCCGGCGGAUCACGAGGGCGUUGGCGUGGUGACCGAGCAAGGCCUGCUCGCCAUCUCCGAGGGCUGCGCCAACCUCUCCUCGAUCCUCUACUUCUGCCGCCGGAUGACGAACUCGGCCAUCACUGCCAUGUCGCGCGCCUGCUCCAAGAUGCGCCGCUUCCGCCUGUGCAUCAUCACCACCCGGCAGCCGGAUCACGUCACAGGCGAGCCGCUGGACGAGGGAUUCGGCGCCAUCGUCAAGAACUGCAAGGAGCUCAAGCGCCUCGCGGUCUCGGGCCUGCUCACCGAUCGCGCCUUCCAGUACAUCGGCGAAUUCGGCAAGAACGUGGAGACGCUCUCGGUGGCGUUCGCGGCGGACAGCGAUGUGGGACUGGAGGCGGUGUUCCGGGGAUGCACCAAGAUCCGCAAGCUGGAGAUCCGCGACUGCCCGUUUGGCGAUCGCGCGCUCCUGGCGGGGCUGGAGCGCUACGAGACGAUGCGCUUCCUCUGGCUCUCGGGCUGCCGGGUGAGCAUCGCCGGCUGCGACGAGCUGUCCAAGAAGCUGCCAUGGCUCAACGUGGAGCUCGUCAAGGAGAGCACGGAGGACGAAUAUACGGUGGAUAUGCUGUACGUCUACCGUACGGUGAUGGCGAGCGCGAGGAGCGACCGCCCGCCCAGCGUCAUUGGGCUGCGCGGCGGGGAGUACUUUUGGCGGUGGGUGCGCGGCGCCGCGGUGGGCACGUCCAAUUCGAGCAUCUAGGAGAGCGAGCGCCCUGGGUCCUGGGAGGAUUUUGGGUCUUGGGUCGUGGAGAUUUUCUCCAUCGAGAGCUGGGAAUUGGGCGAGAGAGGAUUGGACGAUGGAUGCGCGAAUUGGUUCCGGAGAAGAGUAGCGGCUAACAUUGUUUGUAGAUUGCAGCGAAGGUGGUGAUUUUUUUUCUUGUCUCUCCUUUUCUUCUUCUUUGUUCCUUUUUCCUUUGAAAUUCUUUUCCUCCCUCCUUUGAGCACGCAUGGAGUAGCUUUUUCUCGCGAGAGACAAGGAGGGGAUCUGAGAGACGUAGUGAGCGAUGAUGAAAUUUCUCCUUUUCUUUGCUUUCCUCCCUGCGCAGGCUUUGUCUGUCCAGAUCUUGAGGGGGUGUUUUGUUUUGCUUUUGCUUUCUCUAUCUUUUUUGGCUCUUCUAGCACUAGCUGUGCUGCUAUCUGCCGUGUUGCUUUUUCCGUUCCUUUGUUCCUUGUUCGUCGUUGCUUGUUGCUCUUUCUGGGCACUUCUGGCCGCCAUGCCUUGUACCUCCGGCUGGGAAAAUCUCCCUGUAUUCAAUGAUUAAUCAUUGCCGCGCCCACUCCAAAGUCGUGUGGGUCGAUUUCA